AUGGAGACGACGAGUCGGAGCGCAGAGCUCUUGAAUUCGCACCUCGCUUUCAUUUGUAUUGGAACUUGGUUAUUUUUUGUUGGAUUGCUUGGUAGUUUUAUCAAUAUAAACAAUGUGGUAGUGUUCAUUUUACUGAAAAGAUACCACAAUGCGUUCGGCUACCUUUGUAUAGCAAGAGGCCUGUGCAAUAUCGUCAAUCUACUCAUGUUCGUUCUGUAUACUGGCCCAGUAACAAUUUUCGAAUGUCUGUAUACCAAUGCUUACCUCUCAUUUGCUGAAGAAAAACUAGAAGCACUUGCUGGUGUCGGUUACGCCACCGUACCUGUCCUCCAACUUGGAAUCGCUUGUAAUCGUGCUAUUGCCGCCCUACAUCCUUCAUUUUACCGUCGUAUACGUGGAGGUCGUUUUGCUUCGAUUUUCAUCUUUGGAGGUGUGUUCUAUGGAGCAGCUAUCCAAAUUGACGACAUCAUCAGAAAAUGCGAAUUUGUUUACAAUCGCAGCCAGUUGUCAUGGGAUUUUGUUAAUUGUUCAUCAGAACUUCAAGAUUAUAAGUUCUUCUACCCAACUUUUUCGAUUACUGGUGUAACAGUGAUUAUCAAUGCCGCCGUUGCAAUCAAAAUUAUUGUACAAAAAGUUGGAGGCAGAGAUGUUGCUGUCAAUGCCAAACUAUUCUGGCAGGUUAAUUUUUCUCAUAUGCGACAAGCACUUGAGGAGGCCGAAAACACUGCUUUCGAAGACAUCCUUCCGGUCAAAGAAGUCGAGAUUAGCAAGAAUGAGUAG